CUGAAGGAUCCAGGCCGGAAGUCGUAUUGUUGCUACCGCUCGCGUGACUCGAGCGAGGGAAAUUGAGUUGCUAACGCGAAUGUGCAGAAGGAAACUAAGUAGCUAAAGUGGAACGAGAAGUCCGUUGUAGUGGUGUCGGCAGCCGCUGGGAAUGUCAUCGCCUCCAUAUGGUCGCAGGAGUCAUGAAGGGUCAACGAACAUAUCAGACAGCGAUUCAGAGGACGAGCCCAAGCUCCCCCUCAACCAGUUCUAUCCGUACAUCCGCUGUGCCCUGUGCUGCGGCUUCCUCAUCGAUGCCACCACCAUCACAGAGUGCCUGCACACAUUUUGCAAAAGCUGCAUUGUGAAGCACUUCUUCUACAGCAACAGGUGUCCCACAUGCAGCAUCAUCGUCCACCAGACACAGCCCCUUUACAACAUCAGGCCUGACAGACAACUGCAGGAUAUUGUUUACAAAAUGGUUCCCUUCCUGGAGGAGUCUGAACGAGAACAAAUGUGUAUCUUCUACAAAGAGAGAGGCCUGGAGGUACCAAAAACAGCGGUGGUCUCCUCUCCAGCUCCUGUUGUAAGGAGGCAGAAGAAGGAUAACAUUCCUCAGUCUGUGUUCACCAUUCCCCCUGAGCUGGAUGUAUCUCUGCUGCUGGAGUUUGUGGGGGCUGAAGAGGGCAUUAGCAACUAUAAGCCAUUAGAGAGGCGGUAUGUUCGUGUGUCGGGUGAGGCCACUGUCCGCCACGUUGAAUUGUUCAUCCGGAGGAAGAUGGAGCUUAGCCCAACCUGCCAGGUGGAUGUGGUUUGUGGAGAUCACCUCCUAGAUCACUACCAGUCACUCAAAGACAUACAGAGCUCUGUGGGCGAAGAGGCACUACAGGAUGGUCUGUUGGUGCUGCACUUUGGCUUGGUAUUGCCCUCCCAGAUUUGAGCCUGAGAGUAACUUCCUGAGGGGAUGAAUUGUCCUUUUGGAAUUAGAUUCUCUUCAUCAGAGUCUUGCCGUAAUGUGGAGUAAAGUGUCUACAUUUGCAUUAGAACUGCUUCACAACUGUCUUGGAUGUGUUUUCAGACAAAGUCCAAGAACUCUAAACUUAGUUUUCUUUAUUGAGCAGUGUGGAAUGAAAAGAUGUUGACUGUUCUUUAAAAUUGAAACACUGUAGCAUCAAAUUUUCAACUCUCAAGAUGACGGGUACAUACAUUCAGUUUAUUGAAGUGCCAGCCUUUUAAAAAUGAACUUUACCUGAUGAGUGGACACGACAAAUUCCUAUUCCUACUGCCGGUGUGUCUUUUUAGGUACUGUUCAGUGUGCAUCCACGCCACACUAGAAUGUGACCUCUGUUGUAGCUUAAACUGGACUAGUGGGUCUGGAACUCUGGAACUAAUUUCAAACAGUGCCUGUGGAGCCAAUACAACUUGCACCAGUCUAGUUUACUUGUCUUUUUGGAAAGCAGGGACCUGUUUGUCAUUUUUUUGUAUUUAUGAUUUCAAGGGUUAACUGUGGUUUCAGAUGGGCAGUUCUGAUUUAAAGGGCUUGAAACAAAAGGACUACCACUACCAAAGGUUUGUGUGUGUAUAUAUAGAGCUUAGAUCUGUAUGGUAGCUUUAAUUCCAGCUUACUUCUUGUUGGUUGACACAUUUAAUUUAAGAGCUGUUAACUUUAAACGGACUGUCUGCUGAUGUAAAUGAAUCCAACUGACUUGAUAAAACCAGCUUUCGGUACAACUCAUCAGAGCACAAAACAAGUGAUUCAAAGGGUGUUUGUAUAAAGAAGUCUUUGAUAGGUUUUGUUAAAAUUGAUUUCCUAAUUGCUUUUGUCUGUUUCAGUUAAUAAAUGACUGCAAAGCUGA